UCAAGGGUUUUGUGGGGUUUUUCAUUACGCCUCUUCUGCCUCCUCCUCCUCCAUUGUUGUUCCUUUUUUGAAGAUUUUGUAAGCAUGGUUUUAUCAAACAAGAAACUAAAGCAAAUUCUAAGAGCCCUUCCAUCAAAAGAAGAAUCUCAGCCCAAUAUCAAUAAUGACCCACAAACCCCCCAUCAAAUUUUAGCAACCCAGAAACCCAUUUUAACUAAAAGAGAAAUCCGCCGCCGCCGAAAAGUUGAAACCCCCCAAAAUCUUGAAAAAAGUUUGGAUCUUGAAAAGAAAGAAAGUGAAAGUAAAGAUGGUGGAUUGAAAGAAAUUAACAAUAAGAAGAGAAAGAGAGAGAAAGAUGAGGACUUGGGUGAAAAAAAGACAAGCAAAAAGAAAAAUAAGAAAAAGAAGACUAAGAAAAAGAAGGUGAAGGUGGAAGAGAGUGUGAAAAAAGAAAAUGUUGAAAAUGAAGAGAAAGGUAAGGUGGAGGUGAAAAAGGAAAUUGUUAAAAGUGAAGAGCAAGUUAAGGUGAAGAUGGAGGUGGAAGAGAGUGUGAAAAAUGAAUUUGUUGAAAGUGAAGAGCAAGUUAAGGUUAAGGUGGAGGAAAUUCCAACUCAAAUUAGUAAAGAAGAUGAAAGUAUUUCUACGAAGAUAUAUGUUGGAGGCAUUCCAUACUACUCAACUGUGGAUGAUAUUCGGAGUUUCUUUGAAGGUUGUGGCAGCAUAACUGAAAUAGACUGUCUCAAGUUUCCUGAGACCGGGAAGUUCAAUGGGAUUGCCAUGAUAAGUUUUCGGACUGAUGCUGCAGCAAAGAGAGCGUUGACACUUGAUGGUUCAGAUAUGGGUGGACUGUUACUCAAGGUUCAACCAUAUAAGGCUAACAGAGAGAAAAAAGUUUCCGACUUUGCUCCUGCAAUGUUGGAUGGCUACAACAGGAUCUAUGUAGGAAAUUUGUCAUGGGAUAUGACUGAAGACGAUUUAAAGAAAUUCUUUUCAGAUUGCAGUAUAUCUUCUAUUCGCCUUGGCAAGGACAAAGAAACAGGGGAAUUCCGAGGUUUUGCCCAUGUGGAUUUUUCCGACAGUUUGUCUUUAACAAUGGCAUUAAAAUUGGAUCAAAAACUUCUUUCUGGGAGACCUGUGAGAGUUAGGUGUGCGGUCCCACCAAAAUCAGCUAACCCAAGCUCAAAAUCAGACUCCACUGCCGGUAAAAAUGAGGGCACUGCUAAAUUUGUGCAUGUGGGUGCAAGCGGUGAUAUGGUUGUUGAUGAUGCAGCACGAAAAGCAAAGAGGCAAACAUGCUACGAGUGCGGUGAAAAGGGCCAUCAUUCUUCAUCAUGCCCAAACAAAAAGGCUGCUGAUAUGUCACACACAGAUAGCAAAACUAAUGAUAUAGCGUUUUAUAAAGAGAAUGAUGCCAUUGGUGAUGGCAUGCUGAAAAGGAGGACAUGCUAUGAGUGUGGUGAAAAGGGUCAUCUUUCUUCAUCUUGCCCAAAUAAAAAGGCUGCAAAUGUGGCAUACACAAGUUACAGAACUGAUGACAUGGUAUUUAACAAUGAGACAGAGGAGGCUGAUCACACCAGUGAUGGUAAGCUUAAAAGGAGGUCCUGCUAUGAGUGUGGUGAAAAGGGACACCUUUCUUCAUCUUGCCCGAAAAAGCAAGCUACUGAUGUGGCAAACACGGGUAGGGGAACUUUUGCUUCUGUGGUUGCUGCCGAUAUUAAUGGGAAUGACUACAAUAUGGUCAAUUCUGUUAGUGACGGUAAGCUACGGAGGAGAACAUGCUAUGAAUGUGGUGAAAGAGGUCAUCUAUCGUCAGCAUGCCCAAAGAAACCAGCUGCUGGUGAGGUAAAUACAAUAAAGGAACCUAAUGACGAUGUAGUUAAGAAAGCUGAGCUGAUGGUUGUUGGCAAGGAUGUUGGUGAUAAUAUGGCGAGUUCCAUUAGUGAUGGUAAGCUAAGGAGGAGGACAUGCUAUGAAUGUGGUGAACGGGGUCAUCUAUCAUCACUAUGCCCAAAGAAACAAGCUGCUGAUGUGGCGAAUGUAAAGAACGUUAAUGACAUAAAGGUUGAGAAAGCUAAUGUUGUCAUUGUUGGCAAGGAAGCUGGUGAUGGUAUGGAAAGUUCUGUUAGUGAAGGUAAGCUAAGAAGGAGGACAUGUUAUGAAUGUGGUGAAAGGGGUCAUGUAUCAUCAUUAUGCCCAAUUAAACAAGCUGCUGAUGUGGCAAAUUCAAGCAAGGAUGAUGAUGCCAUGGAAGUUGAAAUGGUUGAGGUGGUUAAAACUACGUCGGUGGCUUCUGUUAGCAGUGGUAAGAUAAAGAGGAGGAUUUGUUAUGAGUGUGGUUUGAAAGGUCAUCUUUCGUCAUUGUGUCCCAACAAAUUACAAACUGGUUUGACGGCGUAGUCAAGUUUUGAUAUCGGGUUUGAACCUUGGGGUGCGAUGGUGGACAACCAUGUUUCAGUCUAGGCUGUGAGGUUAUAAGUUUGACUUCCUGAAUUCAUUUUGACUAUGGUGCAUAACAUGCUUCAUUGUUUUUGGUACUUGGCUAAUUGUGGUUGGUUCAUCUUGAGUUGAUUGGGUUCUUGCAGCACGGAACAGAACAUGAGAACAAUAGUUCGUUCGCCAAAACUUGAUAUGCUGCCAAAUAUUUGUGAUAGCUAAUGGACACAAAUUAUGUUAGAAUGUGAUACUUGCCUGAUGAAUCAUGAACUUAUCACAUACUUAUGGAAAUUGAAGUAGAUCAUUAUAUUUUGUUUGGCUAGCCAUUAUCUCCUCUUGUUGUAUACUAAAUUCAUAAUGUUGUUCAGUUUUGUAGUUGAUUUUAUGAGAUCAUAAACAAGUAGAGUGCAGAAAGUUGACUUUUGGUAUACCUUUUUCUCCCUUUGUUUGACAAAGUCAAAAUGAUUAACAUAUGUCUUAGAUUCGUU